AUGUCAAUCAAUACCAAUGCUUCAUUAGAAACGUCGAAUAUAACAAUAAACAAAUCGGAUGAAUUAGUAUGUCGAACCAAAGAAUUCAAACAAUCAUUAAUGAUUUGGCGAAAUGCUUUAUUACCAAUAAAUAAUUUACUUGAAUGGGAGCAUAAAUAUGAUUCAUUGAUUAUUUUUGGAAUAAUAACUUUUAUAUUUCUUUGUAUUCGUCAAAUAAAUCCACCUAUACUUACACUUGCCAGUUGUAUUGUUCUAAUAAUAGUACUUAUUGAUGUACUGGCACCAGUUGGUAUUCCUAUGAUAUUUAAAAAUGAGGAUUGGACAUCAACUAAAGAAGCUAAAUAUACAAGAUUAUGUGAACAUAUUGCAACUUUUGAACAACACAUUAAGCAAAAAUGUGAAUUAGUUUUAAAAAUGCGUAAAGAACGACCAUUGAUGUAUUUAAUGGUUGGGAGUAUAUUUCUUGGUUUUAUUGCUUUUUGUUUUCAAAAUAUAGAUAAUAUUCUGCUUUGUUAUUUAUCAACUCUUAGUGUUUGUCUUACACCUGGUAUACAUAAUCGACAAUUAAUAUCAUUGAUUCAUCAGUAUAUAAAUGGUUUUUGGAAUAAUAAAAAAAUAGUUUCAUCGUAUACAACUGAAGAGAAAAGAACACAAUAA